CGUACUUUGAUUUAUGCAAUUUGUUGGAGUGAAGUUGUAAUCUCAUCGCUCUUAUUGUGAUCGGGUGUUGGUGGCGGUUUAUUUUUAUUCCGGUAGACCGUAACAAUAAGUGGUCGACCUCAUUGCUAAGGUAUGUCUCGUAUUGGCUUGUUAAUGGUUGUAUGUGGUUAAAUUUUUCCCACCAUCCGGUCGACCACCUCCACCAUCCGGUCGACCGUACUUUUGUAAUUAUAUGAUUUGGUCGACCUUUCAGUAAAUCCAGGUCGACCGCAUGUUUGUUUUUUAGUAAUAAGGUCGACCGUACAGUUCAUUCAGGUCGACCUGACGAGAGCUAAUUGCGUAUGUUUUUGACAUUAAGUUCGUAUUCCGAUCGUUGCAGGAUGGAUAACAGAGAUGAUACAGAUGAUAGAGAUGAUGAUGAGGUUAACUUCGAUGAGGAACCUAAGGAUGCUCGAGAAGGAGCUAUGGAUGAUUCAGAUGAUACAGAUAAUACGGAUGAUGAAGUGGUUGGGGAUGAUAAUGAAACCGAGGGUGCUCAAGAAGAAUUUAUGGAUGAUGAAGAAGCUACUGAAUAUGAACAACAAAUUCCUUCCAUGGAGUUCCAAACAUUAGAAGAUGCAGAGAAAUUUUACGAUUCCUAUGCUAAAGCGAAAGGAUUUAGCGUUCGACGUAGAGAUCUUCGGAGGAGUCGUCGAGGAGUAGCAAUUGGGAGGACAAUGGUAUGUUCGAGAGAGGGGACUAGAGAUAAGAUGCAUAUAGAUAAAGAAGGUCGGACUCGACAACAUCGUAAGAUGACAAGACAUUCUUGCAAGGCAUCGUAUACUGUACGCUUUGAUCGGGAUAAGAAAAUGUGGGUUGUUUCUAAGUUUGAGAGGAAGCACUCACAUCGUUGCUGCAAUGAAAAAGAAACUCAAUUCCUUCGGUCUCAUCGAAAUGUGAGUGAAGGAGACAAGGCUCUGGCGAUAGGGAUGCGACGGUCAGGAAUAAAACAACGCAACAUUGUUCAGUUCAUGAAGAAUAAAGUUGGAGGAUAUGAGAAUCUGGGGUACACUCCAAAGGAUUUGGACAAUGCUGUUCAGCAAUCCCGAACAGUUGACGACAAUCUAAUAGGAGAUGUUAACCGAACAUUGGGUUACUUGCAAAGUAAACAUACAUCUGAUGCGGGCAGUUUCUUCAAGUACACAACCAACGAUGAAGGUGAAUUAGGCAAUCUCUUCUGGUCGGACUCCACAUCUAGAGCAGAUUACCAUUUUUUUGGGGAUGUCUUGGCGUUCGAUGCAUGCUACAAGCGCAACAAGUACAAUCGACCAUUUGUUAUGAUGGUUGGUGUAAGUCACCACCACCGUAACAUCAUAUAUGGUUUUUCCCAGUUGGAUAACGAGACAAUCCCCAACUAUGUUUGGUUGUUGAAUACUUUUCUGGAGUGUAUGAACUCUAAGAUGCCCACUUCACUGAUCACAGACGGAGACAAGUCUAUGCGUGGUGCCAUUGCUACUGUUCUGGUUGGAGUGCCUCACCGUCUUUGUAUUUGGCAUAUUGAGACAAAUGCGACAACGGCCAUUCAUAAUAAGGAGUUCGUUAGCGCAUUCACUUACUUGGCGAAAGCACGAAUAUCGAUUGAGGAGUUUGAGAGGCGUUGGGAGCAUUUGAUUAGUCAGCAUGGUUUGUCUGCAAAUAAGUGGUUGCAGGAUUUGUACGCUGACAAAUUACUGUGGGCAGAGGCAUACUUGAAGGAUAUUUAUUUCGGUGGACUCCAAUCAACCUCGCGAUGCGAGUCAUGUAACCAUUGGAUAAAUGGGUAUGUGGGAACUCAAUACAGCUUGCAACGUUUUUUCAGGCCAUUGAUGAAGCACUGGAGGGGAUGCGUUUCACGGAGGUGCAGGAUGAUUAUAAUUCUAGGCACACGAGGUUGGUCUGCAAGCAUGCCCUUCGCACUUGGGAAAUGCAAGCUGAAAGUAUCUACACUCAUCGUACAUUUGCUAUCUUCAAGUCUGAACUAGAGAAUGAAGCUUCUUAUGUAUUAGCGAAGAGAAGAACUGAAUCAGAUGGGACAGAGACAUUCAUACUGAAGAACUACAUGAACCCAGAUCGGAUAAGGCGGUUAACAUUUACUACGUCCAAUCAAGAUCUAAAAUGCGAGUGUGCAUUAUUUGAAUCUAAGGGGUUUCCAUGCAGACACAUGCUUACAGUAAUAAAAAAUAUGGGAUACACCGCACUACCCUCGUCGUGGUUCAAGCUUCGAUGGACCCAAAAUGCGAAGACACUAAAUCGUCAUCCUGGAGUUGGAGGUGAUGUGGGAGAGAAAGUUGGUCGACUGAUAAGACAUGGAGGAUUGGCUCUAAAGUGUGAGCGUUUAUGUGACAUCGCGUGUGGUAGUGAAUCUGCUUUUAAUCAUGUCUCUAAGACGUUGGACGACCUUACUCAAUGGGCAAUUGAGUUCACGAGGGAGAGAACGGACAACACCACACCGGCAAACCCUCCAGCACCCCUUCGAAGUGUGAAAGAUCCAAAAAUUGGGAAGACCAAGGGGACAUUCAAGUCAGCACGAACUGCAUCGGGCAAAAGUUUAAGAAAGUGUUCGAAAUGUGGGAAAUAUGGUCAUUUUCUCCCUAAGUGCCCGAAACAAAGUCCCAAAAAAGGAUCUUAAAUUUCUUCUAUUGUUUUUUAGGAGUUUAUUUAUUUUUUAAUAACUGUGAUUGCAUUGUAUUUUCUUCGAAUUAUCUUAAUAAUUUAUAAGUUAAUUGAUUGUUGGUUGAAAUAAACAAUAGCAAUAAACGGUCGACCUCAUACAAAUUUCGGUCGACCUGACCAUACACGGUCGACCGAACAUGUUAGUGCAGUCGACCGCGUAUUUAAUUCGGCCGACCAAACCGGUUUGUUUGCAACAUCCACCCAAACCUCCCCCAACCCUCUAUUUAAGAAACCCUCCCCCACUCAUUCUGCACCACAAUCAGAACCCUAUCCCACCACAUCCACUCAUUCUUCCUCUCCUUUCCCUUCUUCAUCUUCUUCUCCAAUUUCCAAAAACUUCAUUUUCCAAAAACUUCAUCUUCCAAAAACUUCAUCUUCUUCAUCUUCCAUUUCAUUCUCAUCACUUAGAAGAAGAACAAGGUAUAACUUUCAGUCCUCUUUUUCAUUUGAUUCGAUUCUUGUCUUCUUCUUUGGUAGAUUAGAUUGUUUUCAAAAAAUCUAAAGAUGGAAAAGAGGGAUUCUUCCUUCUGUUCGCCAGAAGCGGUCGACCUUUUCAUAUUCGUGGUCGACCGCAUCUGGCUUUCAUUCGAUUUUUUCGUUUGAUGUAUAGACUGAGGUCGACCUAUGAUGAUAUUGAGGUCGACCUGUGAAGUUUUGCAACGAUUUAUGGCAUUAUUAUUUAGAUCUAUAGCUUGAAACGAGGGAUUUUCCCUUCUGUUCGCCAGAAGCGGUCGACCUUUUCAUAUUCGUGGUCGACCGCAUCUAGCUUUCAUUCGAUUUUUUCAUUUGGUGUAUAGACUGAGGUCGACCUAUGAUGAUAUUGAGGUCGACCUGUGAAGUUUUGCAACGAUUUAUGGCCUUAUUAUUUAGAUCUAUAGCUUGAAAAGAGGGAUUUUCCCUUCUGUUCGCCAGAAGCGGUCGACCUUUUCAUAUUCGUGGUCGAUCGCAUCUGGCUUUCAUUCGAUUUUUUCUUUUGGUGUAUAGACUGAGGUCGACCUGUGAAGUUUUGCAACGAUUUAUGGGCUUAUUAUUUUGAUCUAUAGCUUGAAAAGAGGGAUUUUCCCUUCUGUUCGCCAGAAGCGGUCGACCUUUUCAUAUUCGUGGUCGACCGCAUCUUGCUUUCAUUCGAUUUUUUCUUUUAGUGUAUAGACUGAGGACGACCUGUGACAUUUUGGUACGAGUAUUUAACCUUAUUCGGACUCGUUUCAAUUUAGCCGAGGUCGACCUAUGAUGCUUCUGAGGUCGACCUAUGAAGGCAAAAGUUCGAGUUGUGCCAUUGUCUUUGAAUUAUUUGUGCGAAACUAACAC